AUGCAUCGACGUGGCCUUACUAAAUGAUGAUCAAAGCUUGAGGAGUUGUAACCAAACAAGGGCUUUCUCUUUCUUGAUCCCUCUGGAUAAGCGUUUCUUUUCCCUCAUUUUACCAUUCCGAUCUUUACAAGUUCAACCCUAUCCUUUACAGCAGGCUUUCUUAAAAUUAGGUAAGGGAGCAUAGCAGGAAUGGGUGAGGACUCUUGCAGCAGCAGUGACAAUUUGAGGGCUAAUUGGACGCCAUCCAUGGACCAUUACUUCAUUGAACUUUUGCUAGAUCAAGUGCGCAGAGGGAAUAAGACUGGUAAUUUAUUUAGCAAACAAGCAUGGGCAGAGAUGAUUGCACUCUUUAAUAGCAACUUUGGAUUCAGGCACGAUACAGAUGUUCUGAAAAACCGAUACAAAAGAUUGAGGAAAUUAUACAAUGAUAUAAAGAUCCUUAACCAGAAUGGGUUUAGCUGGGAUGUAAAGCAGCGAAUGGUAACAGCUGAUGAUCAUGUGUGGGAUGAUUAUAUCAAGGUUCAUCCUGACAUGCUAACAUAUAGAACAAGAGUUGUGCCAUAUUAUGAUGAGUUGUGCAUGAUAUGCGGGCAUGCAGUUGCUGAUGGAAGAUACAGCCUCUCAUGUUUUGAUAUAGACUAUGACAAUGAAGCUAAAACAUUGGAUGAUCAGAAUCCCUCCAAAAAUGAUCAUACCAAAAUUGAAUGGUCACAGACAAUGGAUGAGCACUUUAUUCAACUUAUGCUGAAGCAGGUGCAUAAAGGGAAUAAAAUUGGCCGUACUUUCAAGAAGAAAGCAUGGGUCCAUAUGGUCACGGAGUUUAACACGAGAUUUGGAUUUCAGUAUGGUAAGGUUAUCUUGAAAAACCGUUACAAUAUUUUGAGAAGGCAAUACUGUAGCAUAAAGUUUCUUCUUGGUCAAAGAGGGUGUAGUUGGGAUAAAACACAGCAAAUGGUGAUGGCUGAUGAUCGUGUGUGGAAUACUGUUUUUAAGGCACGCCACUUUCGGAAGUACAGAAAUAAAGCCAUACCAUAUUAUAUUGAUAUGUGCAUCAUAUGUGGGAAUGAAACCGAUUGUGUGAGAGAGAAUAUAGCAUGUCCCAAUUUAAGUUCUGAGAAUGAAACACCAGGGAAAAAUACCGGUGGCGCUGCUAUGCUGAUUGUUAACAAAAAUAUGAUGGAUGAGGCACACGAAGAGACGUCAGAACGCAGCAAUGAUAAGAAUUUAGCUGAUCAACGGAAAAGGCGUCAAUCUGAUAUUGCACAAACCUUUGGAAGGUCUAAAAAGGUUCAAAGAGUGGAUAAGGGUAUGUCGGAUGUGCUGCGAGAGAUGAGUGUGGCUAUUACAACAUUAAGAAAGGAGGACAGUGAGAACUCUACGUCAACAAAGAAAGUUAUUGGUACACUCCAGGCCAUGCCAGACAUGGAUGAAGAUCUCUUGUUGGAUGCUUGUGAUUUUUUGGAGGAUGAGAGAAGAGCAAUGAUGUUUCUAGCAUUGGAUGACACACUGCGAAAGAAAUGGUUAUUGAGGAAACUUCGUCCUUAGUUAACAUUUACUGUAUCUGACCAUUUGUUGAAGAAAAUGUAUAUCACGAAAACUUUUGAUUCAUUAAAUUUGUUGAUGCUAUAUUUUCAUCGCAUUGUUAAAUUUGUUCCCCGUGACAUUGGGCGAA